AUGGCGUUACCUUCUUCGCACGCCGAGGCGCCAUCCACUGCUACAUCCAUGCCCAGCCAACAAGAUCACCACCAUUUUACGUCUGCAUCUGCGUCUGCGUCUGCGUCUGCGUCUGCGUCUGAUUCUACUACUGCUACUGCAGCUGCUACUGCUUCUGCUCUCCGUGGCGAAGGGGUCACCGCUCCUCCUUCGUCGGAUCAAGCCCCCUUGGAAACCAACAUCAGGCCACCCGUGGCCGCGACCACCACCCCAGUCCCAGUCCCAGUCCCGGUCCCAGAUCCAGACGUCGGCGCGCCCCAGCUCCAUCACCCUCACCCGCACCACCAGCCCACCCCGCACGCGACUGCGACGGAGACGGCUGCGGCUGCUGCUGCUACGCCGCCAGCAUUAGCUGCUACUGCUACUAUUACGCCCGCGGCAACCCUGCCCGGAGCUUCACUUGCCCUUCAUAUAAAGCACACGGCGCCCGGUUCCUCGUCCCUCGACUCGCCUCUCAUGCCUCCUGCUUCUCCUUCCCCGUCAGCUGCGCCGUCGGCCAACCCCUCGUCAAAGCCAAACCCAUAUCCUUCCUCCUCCUCGAACUCCAAGAUGCUCUUCUCAGACAUGUACAAGUCUCCACGCUCACCGCUAGCCAAGUUCCGUCUGUCCAUGUCACAGCAGCCUCUGGCCUUGGACUUGCCCGAUUACGAUCCUGAUUUACUAAGCAAGGACAAAGAAAAGCAAAAGGCAGCUGUCAAGAAGUACUUGACCGCCAAGAUUCGCAAUGAUUGGGAAUUCGUCUGGCCACCAGUCGUACCCCCACCUCAGAACGGCGAUUCUACACCCGAUGUUAGUGCAACACCCGAACAAGACGCCGCCGAGCAACCGCAACAGGAAACUUCUGAGCCAAAGGUCGAAACUACGGCGAAUUCGAACGAUGAAGCCAUCCACACAACAGACAGCGAAGAAGACGACGACGACGACGAAGAAGAGGAAGACAGCGACGCUGAGUCUGUCUACAGCACCGUCUCAGAAGACGCGGCGCGUUUCAAACCUCGCCUAGAAUGGGUAUCUGACCUGUCCGACGAAGAUCCUCCCCUGUCUCUCUCUCCAUUCCGUUUCGACAGCCCCGAUGCAAUCGGCGCGACAGUCAAGGCGUCUAUAGCAGACAAGCGUGCGCGGAGACGGCGAGCCCUGCGCGAGGAGAUGGAAUGGAAUGAAGGGUUGGCUUGCUUUGAGGCAAGGCGCAAUGCCUGGACAGGCGCAAGAACGGUGCGCGUUCGCACAAAGCCCGUUUCUCCCACGCAGACGUUCUCACCUCUGUCCCCACGCCGCCUCUUCUUCCGCACAUCAUUCUCCCAUCCUCAACCCGCUCCCGCCUCACCAGCGUCGCCUGCGCAUUCCCUGCAACAGCGGGUGAGCAACGAAGCUUCAGCCGCUGUCUCAGACGGCUCUGAGCUCUCCAAGGACCCGUCCAAGGAACUCACCGCGAUAAAGUCUAAGGAGUCUCAAAAGUCGACGGCAUCUCCCACGUCAACGACAUACCCCGUCGAGACACUCAUUCCUGUUCCAGCGCCACUGCUCCCUCCGGGUAACCCAAUGCGCGCAUCUAUAACUCCCUCCGUAUACAUUUCCCUGUACGAGAAGGUCAUUGUCCACGCGCUGACACCAUCAUGUCCCGUCAACUUGUCAGACAUGAUUCGGGCAUGUGUGGUUGGAUGGAAGCGGGAUGGCGAGUGGCCACCGAAGCCCUCAGCCGCGGAGCCCGGCAUUGUGGCUGUACGACGGCGCAAGAAGUCAGUGACGGACGGGCAGGGCCCGAAUCCCACUCGUAGGAUGAGCUUCGGCUUUUUGGGCAGAGGCGAGAAGGCACCUGAGGGCCAGGACGACGGCACCGGAAAGGGUAUUAGGAAGAGCCUUCAAAGAGUGCUGGGUCUUGGGCAUCACCAUACUGCCUCCACUGGCUCUGCCAAUGGGGGUAACAACGGCGCAUAA